AACAAUAAAUAUUAAAUAUCAAAUCCUAAAGUAUAUGUCGACCAUAUGGCUUUAUCAAAACAACUUAUAUCGACUAUAUUCGUUGCGACGGCAAUCACAGUUAUCUUCAUCGUGGUUUUCAAUAGCAGCUUGCGAGAUCAGUCCUUCAUAUGGAUAAAAACUCUUCCAAGUCAACUUCAAAGUUACGAACGCUAUAUCAACAAAAUCGGAGUAGGAAUGGAGAAUGAUAGCGGGAAUUGCUACAAAGUAAAUAAAUUGGACAGUUACCGAAUCUGUGACAAAUUACCGUUUAGUAGCACAACUUGCGGUUCGAACGUAAAUUCAGAUAAGAACGACGAUUAUAUGGUUCCGAAUAUCGUACAUUUCGUAUGGAUAGGGAAUUUAACUCUGCAUUUUUAUGCUUAUCUUACGAUACGAUCAGCUGCUGCAAAUCAGAAACCUGACAUUAUAUUGUUUCAUUACACCCAUGUCGAACCACAGGGUGAUUUAUGGAUCAGGGCAAAACAAGAGAUACCUUGCUUAGUUCCUGUCAAAUUUGAGGAACCAGCAUCAUGGCAGGGAAAUGAAUUGGAUACCGUGGUGCAUAAAACCGACAUAGCACGAUUUGAUAUUCUGUUGAAGCACGGUGGGAUAUAUCUAGAUACAGAUGCUUUUAUCCUUCGUUCAAUGGAUCCCUUGAGAAAAUUUCCCUUCACCAUGGGAAGAUCAGUAGAAGAUGCUUUUAGCAGUGGGGUUAUAUUGUCUGAGCCAAAUUCGACGUUUCUACAAACAUGGUCAAAUUUAUUCAAGUACUACACAGAGAGUGACUUUUUCACCAAAGUUUCACUCCGUAUCCACCUUUUGAAGCCCGAACUACCAAUACACGUUGAGGAAAUAUCAAUGCAACGACCGAAUCCUUGGUGUGAUGGUAUUGAAUCCAUAAUUACAGAAUCGUUUGACAUAUCAGAGAACUACAUUCUUCAUCUACAUCCGUCAAAUAUGGGAAACAACUGUAUACAACAUUAUGUGAGGACGACAUUCGCUUGCAUGACACAACCUACGGCGCCGGUGCUAGGGCUGCGCUAUUCGGCACACAAGACUUGAUAUUUUUUAAAUCUGAAGUGGCAUUGGCUCACAACAGAAUUACUCAAAAGCCUCUAGAACUUUUCGAAUCGAUGAAAAAGCGUCGUAAGCCUGAAAUGUUACCUGGUCUCUGACUGGCCUGGAGUGCAGAAUAGUAUUACGUCGUCAGGUGUUAGAUCGUAUUUGAGCAAAAUAUUCUGCUGAAGAGGAUAAAAAUAACCUUUAGGUGUAGUUAUUUUCAUUUCACUAAAAUAGUAAUAAUUAUGAACAAUUUAUGUAGGCGCUAUAAGUAUAAUAUAUCACUGUCACGUCCAUUCCACGUAUUCUUCUAAGUGUAGUCAACGCUAAAAUACAAAGUAAAAAUAGUCAUCAAGAGCUCUCUUCAUAAACACUGCUUUCACAUAGUAAUAAAAUCUUGAACUGAGAUUAAAUUUCCGAAAUUAUCAUAUAUAUAUAUCAAUUAUAUAUUAAUUCAUUUGAUAUUUCUAUAUUCAAUCAACCUAUAGUUCAAACAUUAUUCGGACCUCCAAAAGUAUGCGCACCAAGAUGGCGCAUAACCUGAACAUAGUAUGGGUGGACCGGUUAGGAUUCAGGUUUGUGCGACAUCUUGGUGCGCAUACUUGUAUGCUUCUAUGUAUGAACGCUUUCUAUGCCCAGUUUCAUUUUGAAUGCUGUAUCGUUCUAUAAUUCAUACAAAAAUAUAGUUUUAUUAGAGAAUAAAAUAAUUAAACAAAACAGAUUCUUAAUGAAGGGAAAUAUGAAAUUUUCGUAGGUCAGUUCUUACUUUGGUGAAAUUACAUUGGUAAUACUGACGUAGUCCUACGUAGAAUUGAACACUGAUUUGGUUUAAAUUUAAGAAUAACAAAAAAGAGGUAGACACCAUUAAAAUCAUAAAUGUAUCUGCAUUAAUUGAUGAACACAUCGUAUUGAUUCUUAAUAACAAAAAAGACUUUCGAAGUAAAUGUAACAUAUUCCAACAGAAACAAAGUAUUCCGAAUUUACAAUGUCAGAACGGUUCAUAUACCACACCAAUCAAAUUUUCAUGAGCAUCCAUGAUUUUGAAGUUUUGUUCGCAAGAAUAUUUUGUAAUAAUAUAUAUAUUCUAUGAUGCACGAAAAGGCUAUUGAUUUUUAAAUAUACUUGCCAUACCAAACGCAUUACUUCAAUAUUCUGCAUUUGAUAUAAUAUACAAGUUCUUUUCCUGUCGGUGGAAUCGAAGUUAUAUUGUGAUUAUAAGGAUAUAGUAUCUGUUGAUCAUAGUUAUGGAACGAAACAAGGGCCUUGAUUUUUGA